CCUUGCCGGUGUCAGAUUUCAGGCCCGGGUGAGCUCCUGAGCCCGAGCCUCACAUUGGGCUAUCGAUCCGCACGUCCACUUUAGCGAUGAUGGAGCUCGUACAAGAAGAGGAGUAGCCCCAGCAGAGGCAGACGUACUGGAGAACUCUUUCUCUCUCUCGCACUCGCUCCGGGACAGCUCCAGUUUUAAAGUCCUCGCCAUGGAGAACGCUCAGCCGGAGGGGGAGACCGUGGAUUUGGAUUUGGACGACGGUCGUCUGCCGGCGCUGGCGCUGUGGAAUGUCGAGGUCACAGAGGAGCUGGACCACAGGACCAAAUCAGCAGGCUGGCCCCCACCUUCUGGGACCUGGAGCUCCUCCCAAGCCCCCCCAUAUGGCUGGGAUAUGGCUUCCAAUAGAGAGGGGAGAGACUGCUUCACCAACCACGUGUCCCAGGGCGGCUCGCUGGAGGAGGUCGGCCCGGAUGGCGGCCCGUUCGUCCCGCCCCCUCCCCGCAAGGUGGACAUGAGACGGGACCCGGUCCUCGGCUUCGGCUUCGUGGCGGGGAGCGAGAAGCCGGUGCUGGUGCGCUCAGUCACGCCAGGGGGUCCAUCAGAGGGAAAGCUCAUCCCAGGAGACCAGAUCAUCAUGAUCAAUGACGAGCCCGUCAGUACGGCACCCCGAGAACGGGUCAUAGACCUGGUCAGAAGCUGCAAGGAAUCCAUCGUGUUGACGGUCGUCCAACCUUACCCAUCUCCGAAGUCUGCUUUCAUCAGCGCCGCGAAGAAAGCCAAGCUAAAGUCGAACCCGGUCAAAGUUCGCUUCGCCGAAGAGGUCACUAUUAACGGUCAGGUUCCAGAAACCGUAAAGGACAACUCACUCCUUUUCAUGCCAAAUGUACUGAAGGUGUACCUGGAGAACGGGCAGACCAAGUCGUUUCGUUUCGACAGCAGCACCUCCAUCAAGGACGUCAUUUUGACCCUGCAAGAGAAGCUGUCCAUCAAAUGCAUCGAGCACUUCUCCCUGCUGCUGGAACAGCGCACAGAGGGAUCAGCCAGCAAACUGCUGCUGCUCCACGAGCAGGAGAUGCUCUCUCAGGUGACGCAGAGACCGGGGUCACACAAAAUGAAGUGCUUCUUCCGCAUGAGCUUCGUUCCAAAGGACCCCAUCGACCUGCUCAGGCGAGACGUCGUUGCUUUCGAAUACCUCUAUGUGCAGAGCUGUAACGAUGUGGUGCUGGAGCGCUUCGGCUCGGAGCUGAAGUACGACAUGGCUCUCCGAUUGGCCGCCCUGCAGAUGUACAUCCUGACUGUCACAACGAAGCAGACGCACAAGGUGUCCCUCAAGUACAUGGAGAAGGAGUGGGGUCUGGCACUCUUUCUGCCCCCGGCUGUGCUGUCCAGCAUGAAGGAAAAGAACAUAAAGAAAGCCCUGACCCACAUUCUGAAAACAAACCAGAACCUUGUGCCCCCAGGCAAGAAGUUAACAGCUUUACAGGCGAAGGUGCACUACCUGAAGUACCUCAGCGAGCUGAGGCUGUACGGCGGGAAGGUGUUCAAAUCAACGCUGCUGCAGGGGGAGAAGCACACCGAGGUGACCCUGCUCCUGGGCCCCAGGUACGGCAUCAGCCACGUCAUCAACACCAAGACCAACCUGGUGGCGCUGCUGGCCGACUUCAGCCACGUCAACCGCAUCGAGAUGUUCACCGAGGACGAGAGCAACGUCCGCGUGGAGCUGCACGUCCUGGACGUCAAGCCCAUCACCCUGAUAAUGGAGUCCGGUGACGCCAUGAACCUGGCCUGCCUGACAGCGGGGUACUACAGGCUGCUGGUGGACUCUCGCCGCUCCAUCUUCAACAUGGCCGCCAGCAGCAACACGGGCAGCAUGGACUCAGGCCAGGAUCCCCGGGGCAAGUUUAGCCUGGAGGCCAUCGAGUGGACGUACAGCACCUCAUUUAGCGGGGGCGGAGACGAGGGUCAGACGCGGCGGGCGGACCCCUACGAGGAGUUCGCGGCGAGUGAGAACGACGUCGCCCCCGUUCCCAUCACAGAGGUGCAGCAGCAGCAGCAGUCCCAGCAUGCCCUGCAGGAAGGAGAGCGGACGGACAGAGGGACCAGAAGCGCACACUUCCUGUCUGUGCCAAGUCAGCAGCCCCAGGACUCCCCCCGGAGUGCCAAGGUGUCCUUUAUUUUCGGGGAGCCGCCCUUGGACGCCAUCAACCCCCAGAACCUGGGGUACCAAAGGCUGAUGGACGACAGCCCGGAGAUGCCGGACGACUUCAAGGCCCUGGGCCCCUCGGCGGACGGGGAGGGGUUCCAGUACGGCUCCCACCCGAUCUACAGCAACAUCGGCGACGCCAAGAUCUUCGGCAACGCGGAGGGCAUCGAGGAGCCGCUGCUGCGGGACAUCUGCUACGCGGAGACCACGGACGACGCCGAGGACGAGGACGAGGGCAGCUGCGAGGAGGACGUGGCGACGCGGCGGCGGCGGCGACGGCGGCGGGGCGAGUCCGGCCGCGCCACCUUCCUGGCGCUCUCCGGCUCCAGCGAGGACAUCAUCGACCUGACGUCCCUCCCACCGCCGGAGGGCGAGGACGACGAGGAGGACGACGACGUGCUCCUGCACUCCCUCAACAUGGCCAUCGCCGCCCCCCCGCCGGGGUUCCGGGACAGCUCCGACGAGGAGGAGCAGCAGGCCAGGGCCGCGGGGGCGGGGGCAAGCGCGGGGCCGGGGGCGGGCGCCCGGGACGAUAUCCCCGUGUCGCUGAUCGACGCCGUCCCCACGCAGGGGGAGGGCAGCGGCGACCGGGCCCUGGACCAGGCGGUGGUGUCCACCCUGCAGGCCCUGGAGGCCCUGGCCGCGUCCGAGGAGCCGCCGCCGCUCGCGCAGUCGGACAGUAGCGCAGGUGUAGCGAUAUCUCGGGGUUUCAGCCCCGAGUCGUCCUCAGAUUCCGGGAACGAGACGAACUCGUCCGAAAUGACGGAGAGCUCGGAGCUGACCGCCGCCCAGAGGCUCUCGGGGGACUCCAUGCGGCUGUUCCUGGCCACCGCCGAGGGCUACCAGCCGCUCCUGGAGGAGAAGACCGAGUUUCCCGUCUCGCCCUGCGCGGCCGAACCGCGCGGUCCUCCGGGCCAGCAGGAGGCGCCGGAGCCUCACUCCUCCUCCUCCUCGUCCGCAGCAGCAGCAGCAGCCGUGCCUUCCAAGCAGAUCCUCCACUCGGACGAUAUCGAGAUGGAGCCCGAGACCAUGGAGACCAAGUCCGUGAGCGACUACUUCGGCAAGUUCCCGAUGGGCUCGCUGCUGAGGGCCCGUCGCGGGAGGGCGGGGGAGCCCCGCCCCGCCCCGAGCAGGACCGGCAGCGCGGGCCGGCGGCAGGCCCGGACCCCGGAGCCCAGGGGCGAGGAGCGCCUGGCGGCGGGGAAGUACAACACCUUCAGCUCCAGGGACGCCCGCCACGCCCACCUCCACCUGGAGCGCGCCGCCUUCCGCGAGACGGCCCAGCGGUGGCAGCGGGUGCCCGAGAGCUCGGCGGACGAGGGCUCCGCCCCGGGGCCGUCCAACGGGCACGCGGUCCCGCCCGCCAGUGGCGAGCCGACACAAGACACCCUCGGAGCCACCUCCAGGGGGGCGAGGGAAGGGGCCGUCCCGCGGGAGGGGGCGGGGGCGGGGGCCGGGGGGGCGGAGCUCCAGCAGGGGAAGCCGCCGCUGGCCGAGCAGGCGGUGGCCCGGCUGUGCGAGUACCACCUGGCCAAGCGCAUCUCGUCGCUGCAGGGGGAGGGGCUCCACUCGCUGCAGAGCUCCCAGAGCUCCUCGCUGGACGCCGCGUGCAGCACCGCCACCGCCGCCGGCAGCAGCUGCUGCGCCACGCCGCUGGGCUCGCCCCACGGCGUCCCCGACGACAGGGCCCACGGCACCCCCCGCCACCACGGCCCCCCAGGCAAGGAGCCCCACCCCAGCACGGACCCCGCCCUCCUCCACAGGAUGCUGCCGAACAUGCACGCUGCUGCUGCCGCCGCCGCCGCCAGCCCCGACGCCCCCUUCGUCGCCGGCCGCGAGGGCGGCGCCCCCCCCCGGACCGCUAAGAUCAAAGAGACCACAGGUACAGCUAACCGGGGUAGCCUUUCAGCCGACCGGUACGCGAGGCAAGCAUGCGCUAAGAAUAACCGGAAGGAGGGGGGUGAGGCGUACAGGCAGCUGAUAAACUACCUGACCGUAAGUCAGAUGCAUCAGGGGGGGCAGCUCCAGCACUGGGUCCCGGGGGGCAGCUGGAGAAACAGCGACAAGAGAGACAGCAAGAAGCAUGCCGGUCUGAACCCGCUGUUGCUAGACUUCGUUAGGACUAACUAUAACACGCUGGCGAGGUACCCCUGCAUGCCGUCCUGUGUGUCCCCCGUUGAGACCCCGCCGGUGGGGCCCAGAGUAAGCAAAGGGCCCCGACUGUACCACUCCGCCACCCUGCCGCUCGAGUCCGGGAGGAGUCCUGACUUGCAUGCUCAGCGACCCGUAAACAGCAGCAGCGUUGACGUAACCGACGGUAACGAGAGGAGAGGCUCGCUCGACGGCGGCGAGCCGGAGCGGCCGCCGUCCCCGGGCGGGCGGGACGCGCCCCCCAGGGCCGAGCGCAGGGCGCGGCGCGUUGCCGGGGAGACGCUUAACGAUUCUGUCUGUUUCUCUGCCGUCCCUAGUGUAGCUCGCGCAGAGCCGGAGGGGCCGCCGAGAGGAGACGCGCCUCCCGCCUUUUCUCUGCAGGUCAGAGCCGCCGGCGCCGCCGAGCUCCGCCCCCCACCGCCGCCGCCGCCGCCGCCCAGCGCUAACGCGCGCGCCGCCGUGCCAAAGCAGGAGUCCGCGGACCUCCCGAAACACUCCUGCGUCCGGGCGCCCCCCCCGGGCCCCAGCUGGGACUACGUCGACCUCGGUGACCUGGGCGACCUGGGCGACCCCGGCGUGGGGGGCAGCCUCCGGCGCGGCAGGAGGAGGGGCGGGACGCUGCGGAGGAGCGCCAGCAGCGGCGCCACGCUGUCCGGGAGCGUGGAGGCGCUGUUCGAGAGGAGCAGGGCCGCGCUGGCCGGCCGGUGCCUGCCCUUCUCCCAGUCCGCCGAGCCGCGGCCGCAGAAGAGGCCCGCCGGGAAGAGGCUGUCCAAGAGCCACUCCCAGGGCUCGGUGAGCUCGCACGCCCCCUGCUGGUCGGUGAGCGGCGGCGGCGACGGCAGGAGGGCCUCCGUGGUGCUCCCGGUGCCGAAGGACGCCAAGCAGCAGCUGCGGGCGCUGCCCAAAGCGGACUCCGGCACCUGGAGGUGCCACGGGCCCUUCCGCUACUGCUUCCUGAAGAAGAAGAGCACGGUGGACGAGGACGAGGAGGACGGGGAGCCGCGGCGCGGAGUCGGCCAGCGGUCCUGCCCGCCGUCCUGCGACGGGCCGCGGGAGGAGCCCCAGGGCCCCGCCCCCCCGGACGCCGACCCCGCCGGCCGCCAGCGCGACGCCGACCUGAACACCAUGAGCUUCGCGGCCAGGCUGGCGCGCGUGGAGGCGCUGAAGGAGCGGGCCUACUCCUCCCCCGCCAGCUUCGCAGCCGCGCGGCGGGACGCCAGCGAGCUCAUCGCCCUCGUGCGCUCCAGCCUGGGGAGGGGCGAGGGCGCGGAUGCCGCCUCUGCCGCCGACAACGAAACCAACGAAGAAGACCUGUCCCGCUACAAGCACCUCCUGGCGGCGGAGUCGCGGGAGCUGGGCGGGGCCUGCCGCAGGAUGGCGCUGGCGCACGGCAGCGGGGAGGAGAUGCAGCUGGCGCUCGCCUGCAGCUUCCAGGUGCUGUGUCGGCUGAUCGAGGCCUGCAUGCGGCUGGUGCGCUGCGUGGGCGCCGGGGGCGGCGCCGGGGGCGGGGGCCGGCAGCGGGAGGUCGUCGCCAAGGUCGACGAGGUCGUCAUGAACUACAUGUGCCUGCUGAAGGCCGCGGAGGCCGCGGUGGGCGGAGCCGCCAGCGACCACAGCGUCACCGCCCUGGCGCGCCACUCCAGCAGCAUGUCCGCCAUCGUCAACGCGCUGACGCGCUCGCUCAAAACGCUCCUCAGCAAGUGAACGCGCCUGUUUUACGCACCGCCCCCCCCCACCCCCACCCCC